CACACACGAACACGCAGGCCGAAUGGAUGCUAGUGUACGAGCGGGGCGGGGUGUAGACGGCUGGGUGGUGGCAAGUAGGCAAAGGUGCCCUGUAGGAAGAAUGCCCCCUGGAUGGGGAGUGUGUAAGUGAACUUCAACGCGGUGUGCUAUUCUCAGUUGAGCCAAGAGGUGCUGUUCAGAGACUGAAGGGACAGCAGAGGACGGAGAGCGGGCAGAGAGGGAUAAGUAGGCAGCUUGGUGGGCUAAUAAUUUCCGAGACAUGUUGGACAGAAUGAGACAGGCGUAACGGGCCUGGGCGGGAUGGAAUGCUAUCGUGGCAUCCUCGGCCAGCACAGAAGCGGCGGAAGUGCUCUGAUUGCACUCACACUCACACGCACACAUGUCAACCCGCGCCGUCUCGCCAAUUGUCUAACAAGGAACCCCAAUGUCUUGGUCAGGAAAUGGCCCGACAGGGAUACCGGGAGCGACGGGGCGUCAAAGGCGGCGGUAUCGAUUGGCUUACACCGGCCACCCGCAGGGGGGUGUCCGAGGGGGGGUCACAAGCAAGCGACAGCAAUCGGCCGGCCGUCCCCGAAGUGGGGGUAGCCGAGUCCCGGAUUCCAGGGAGCCAGCACGGAAGAAGCAAGGGAAGACCAGUACGGCCAGCUGCUCGGUCGGUAUGCCGCUACACGUGCCCAACCUCGAGCCAGCCUGGGCGCCUGGCUCACUGGGUGACUGGGACGACUGGUUAUCCGAGAGAGGUGGUCGGCGGUGUGGGGCGGACUUGCUCGCCCUGCAAGCACCACGCUUGUCUGCUUCCAAUCACGAUCAGCGGCGGCCAGAACGCCCGAUCGGAUCCAUUCAGCGAUCGCCUCAAGAGACAUGGGGCCAUGCAAGGCGGUCAGGUGACGUUUGUUGAGGGUAUCCUAGUCCGGCGAGAGUGGCGUUGGGAAAGGGAAGCUGAGACGAGCGGGGAGAGCAGUUGGCGGCAUGCUGCUGGCCUCCUAUCGGCCGCUGGAGUUGUUUCAAGUGUGCUUGUUUGUCACAUCGUACGCUCCCGGAAUAGGUGUCGCCAUGAGAAUUGCAUGAACUCCGGGUCGUAUUAGUUAUGUACUUUCCCCCAAUCUCUAACCUGCAACCAUGCCUUGUCCACUGUCCAAUAGUCCUGCCGGCGCAACGCAGGGCGCUGAAAGAGGGAAGCACGGGGCUCUCUGCGCGGGCUUCUUACUUGCUACCGUAAAACGGAGCGGAUAUCUUAGGCUUAAAAAUAAAACAGAACGACUGGCGCUGGUCAACUCCUCAAAGCUGCCCGCAUCCCGCGCGAUACGGCUUUGCAACAGGAACGAGAACUGUCACCCGCAGCUUCUU